CGGAAAUGGGACAGAGAAGAAGUGGGUAUGUUAGGGUGAAAAGCAACAGUACCGUCGUCUCGGUAAUUAUCUAACAGUGAGUGCAUCGUGAAACGACUGACAGUUCGGCUCUUUUUCUGCAGUAAAAAUAGCGUAAGUUUUGAAUUAUGAUUACUACCCCGUCAUUUAUAUUUUAGAGCCUCUCUCGCAUCGCUGAUAAUGCUGAAAAUGAAACUACGGCUGAAAACGGGCGAGGAAGGAGGGGACGAGACGGCCGAGGACGAUUCACUGGAUCCACUGGAGCACAGACAUAUUCCCAGGGCGAUAUCUCCCUCCUCUGUGUCCGACAGACUGGAAGAGUCGCCGGUCUCCCCAUCGCAUUUGGACAAGGAGACAGUUUUUGAGUGGUUCGGCCUUCAUCUAAACCCCGCUAGGCGGAUCGAGUUCAUGUGUGGGCUCUUACAUAUGUGCCAACCCCUGGAACUCCGCUUUUUGGGAUCUUACUUGGAGGACCUCGCUAGAAAAGAUUAUCAUGUUUUACGAGAUUUUGAGUUCCGGGCAAACAAUCCCAGCGAUUUGGGAGUUUUAACGGACGUAAUCGACCAAGUGGUGAGGUCCAAACUCCUAGUUUGCCUGUCACUCCUCGGCUCUGAUAGCAGGGAGUGUGCUGGAAUACUCUUUGGGAUACUAAACCGUUUAGAUCCGGCCAUGUUCUACAGCCUUUUUCCAUUCAGGAGUCCCCACCACCACCACCCGUUCCACCAAGCGUGUCAAGACGGGGUGUACGGGCGGCCAGAGCAACCGUGCGGCUCGUCCGCGGCAGACACAGCGACGGAACCACUAGAGCAGCUAGCUCUGCUUUUUACUAUGGCCUCUCUACACCCAGCUUUUCACUUCCACCAACGAGAGACGCUUCGAGCUCAGCUGGAUAAAAUAGAGCUGGCUAUAGAAGAUAGACUUCAACGUCAGCUCAGGAUAAACGACCAGACCACGGAGCUCACAAAUCAGAAUGUUGAUUAUUUGCCUUCCCCAGCCCAAGGAUUGGGAGAGUGUACAGCAUCACAUACGGCUUCUCAGAGCUGUCACUCCAGCCACUGGACAACACAAAGAGAAGCCGUGCAUAUUGAAGGAAUCGUGCUCAAGGGCAUCAAUGGGACCGGAAUGGACAAGGAGUACAACUUUAAGGUGAAAUGGUCAGACUCUUCUUCUACAAGUGUGACCAAAACCCACCUGGAACUAGAAAACUUCCUCCUCAAGCUUCCUAAGGAUCAAUGUAAUGAUAGUUUUGAGAAGGGCAUCCUUAGGCUUCUCAACCAGGGGGACCAGUACAAGAACAAGGAGGUGGAGAAGAACCUCAGGGAAAGAUUCCUGUCUGCUCCUCCUGUCUUCAGACAGACAAGGAAAGUGUGCAGCUUCUUCAACUGUGACUCCAGUUAUUCUGUGAAACCUACUUCCUGCAGAUGCAGUUCUCAGCUUGGAAAGGCGUACCAGGGCGACUGCUCAGAUGCCUCCAGUCAAGAGGAAGAUUUAGCAUCCUAUGUUCAGGGACACAAGAAGAAGCACGGCUCUAAGAGCCCAAGUCAAAGCCUGUCCAGUGCCAAAGUCUCCCCGGGUGACAGUUGGAGAGGGGGCCACACGGCAGAAAUCAAUGGUCCAGCAGAACGAAGGAAGAAGAGCUGUGGAUUGAGAAGUGGUCAAGAGGCUACUCAGCACGCAGACACAGAAAACAGAGGUCACCCUGUCGCCAAGACCAAGGGCAGAUUACUUCCCUCAGACAGGGACGGCGCAAAGGGCAAGGGAUCCGUCCUCAACGGUAGUCUGUCAGCUCAGAGGGAAGAUGGAGGUUCAGGUCCAGAUACCUUCUGUGAAACAUCAUCAGAGAGCUCUAGCUCUCCGUCCAGCCCACAGCACAGAGGACCACAAAGCCUUGACAGUGAGGAUGACAACAACAAAGAUACAGACAGCCACUCUGAUGAUUCCUGCAAAGAUCCUGGUUCUGAAAUGUUCUUCACAAACGAGACUCAUGCGGCCGUGGUGGCGGACAUGUCCUCUGUCCAUUCUCUGUCUUCCAACAACCACCACCCUCGGAUAGAGCCCGUCUGCCCAGAGAACACCUCAGACUUCCCUCAUCUUUCCUUCAUGCAUUCUCUGCCUUACAUGCUUCCCAACGGCACACCUGACUCCCAACUUCUUCUGGCUCCUCCCCCCGUCCAAAGCACCAUUCCCGAUGGAAAGCACUCCGCUGGGAUGAUGAUGCAGAUGCCCCUCGUGCCCCCAGCCAUUCCCAGCCCUGUAAUCGUGGGAGAACCAGAAAAGAGAGACAUGCUUCCGACCUUUGGGAUUCCGCCUUUGGGGCUCCACCCUGCAGGCAGCAUCGCCGUGCAGCCUCUUGUUCAAAGAUUUAAAACCGCUCUGUCUCACAGCCAAGGCGGUAGUGAUGGAGCCUCAGGGAGCGGUUCUACUCCCGCGGUCCCACAGGUUCCACAACAGGCCACAGUACGAGCCAUGAGCGCCAUGACUCCCGGUGCCGCGUCCUUCCCUCCUCCUCUUCAACAGUCUCUUACUUGCCAAGACUUGGCCACCAUGAGCACGGGUGGAUGCUCCGCCCUGCCACCUGCGGAGGUGACGCACACCAAACACCCCGUUUUACCGUCUGCCUUGCCCUCAGCCUUCAACCUGCCUUCUGCUCCCGCUUCGGCUGUUCCUACUGUAGCAGCAGCCGCCGCAGCAGCGACAGGAGCGGCUCCCUCUACUGGGCACAUACAAGCAGCUCUUCCUCCAGCCGUGCCCACUCACACCCCUGGACCCGCACCCAGCCCCAGUCCAGCACUUACUCAUAGCACGGCACGCGGCGACUGCACCUCCUAUAGCAAUAGCGGUCCUUCCUGCGGAGGCGCUCCUGUUAUGUCGGGUAACCUUGUUACUUUUCAACAAACGCAGCAGCAGCAGCAGGUGGCUCCCCAGCAGCAGACACCACCACAACAACAACAACAACAACAGCAACAGCAGCCCAUGGGCUGCGGUGCGUGCGGCUGCCACAACAACUGCGGAAGGCGAGGCAGCGGGGGCGGAAGCGGCAUCAACAGCAGCGUUAGCGGCGCCAACACGGCCCAGGCCCCUUUAAUCUUCCCAACCCACCAGAUGGCGGCGACGGCGCGGCAGGUCUUCAGCGUUCCUCCACCUCUCUUCCAGCUGACAAACCUGUGCAGCAACAGCUACCUCACCCAGGCCCAGCCUCCGCACCAGGCGAACGCAGCCUCCACCCUGCCUCCGUUCUUCACUGCCCCUCCGCCUCCCGCACACCCGGCUCCCUACGGCCCCAUCCACACCCACACCCACUCUCACAGCCACACAGACAUGCUGAGCACCCAGGCCGCCGUGGUGGCGGUGGCGAACUUCAACCUCCAGCAGCAGAUGGCGCCGGCGGCUUCGUUCUGCCAGCGCGUCUACCAGCACAUGUACCCAAAUCCCCUGGCUAUGCUGUCUGCUGCAGCGCUCGGUGGAGGGGGAAUCAACAAGAAGAACGGCAAUGUCUCCUGUUAUAACUGCGGCGUCAGCGGCCACUACGCUCAGGACUGCAACCAGCCGUCCAUAGACUCCACGCAACAAGGUGUGUUCCGGUUAAAGUAUGCAGCCUCGCACAUUUCAGAAGCCUAUGACAACACUGACUGAAGAGGAGGAGCUGACGCAGUGUUCCACUGUGACAACCCCCUCUCUCUCUCUCUCUCUCUCUCUCUCUCUCUCUCUCUCUCUGUGAGGACGACACUUAAGCAUCGACAGACUUUCAGGAUUUAAAAAAUAAAUAAAUAAAUAAAAAAUACAAUCUUAACCUGCCAAGGGCUCAGUGGACGAAGCCUACGUAGUUGUGCCUGAGAAAAAUCGUACGUCAGUGACGCCAUGACGUCGGUCCACGCAACUCCUGUUCCCUUCUGGUUUUUACAUAUUUUUUUGCACUGAGGAUUAGAAAGACUUAACUUAUUUGUUAAUUAUUAGGCAGUUGACAGAGUUACGGGGGUAAAACUUUAGUUUUUAUUUUGUUUUAAAAAAAUAAGGGUUUGAAAACUGGGGAAAAAAAUGUUGUUUUUACCCUUAGUUCUAAAAAGGUGUAUUUAUGAUUUUUUUUUUCCUUUUUCCUUAUACAUGUUUUGACCCAGGAUUUUACUGUCUGACAGAAGUUUAUAGUCAUUUUCAAAGAUUAAAGCAAAACUGAAAAAGUUGUUGUAAAAACAAACAAAAAAAAAAAAACCAACAAAAAAAAUGUGUUCUGAAUGUACACCUUCUUUCUUUAUGAGGAAUCUUUGAGCGUCAACUUGUAUGGAUUUUUGCCACUUGACAUGUUCGAUCGAAGCUCCCUGCUGCUUAUUGUUGUUUUUAUGUUGUCAUUGUUUCCUUGGUGAAGUGCACUACAGUGAUGCAGGAAUGUCGGCGCACUAAGACGGUCCCUAACUGUUGGAUUAGAAAUUAGUAUUACAGGAGUGACAUAGCCCGCUAUGGCUAACAGCUGUACCAAGUUGCCAAUUUGUUAUUAUUAUGUGUUCUAAUAUAGAAAAAAAUAUAUAUAUACAGAUUGACCACUACUCUAGAGGCCUUAACUUUAAUAUUUCUACACACUUUAACAUGUGAAAUUAGGCUUUAAUGUAUCUGUUCAUUCCAUAACCAAACAUGUUUGUACAUCUUUUAAGAGGCUGUUCAAAUUACAGACAGCGCUGAGACCCGAUACUUGGGAUCGGUAUUGGUCAGAAUUUCAGGAUCGAACAAAGUAUAGCCCAUUCGAGCCGAUACCUAAGCCCAAAUGCUCAACUUAACAUUACGCGACAUGCCUUAAAACAGGAACACUGUCGGCUCAGCAACGGCAACCUGCGGCAUGCUGUAGGAGAGAAGAAGGUAUCGUAUUGAUAUCAGUAUCAGCAGAUACUCCAAACUGCGGUAUCAGACUUUAAAAAGUAGAACUGGCAUGUAAUGCACGAGCAGUGAUUCCCAACCACUGUGCCAUCAUGUGCCAUGGAAUCUAACCAAGGCUGUUGAAGAAGAUCUUUUGUCUUUCUUCAAUUACCUGUGAGUCUAUCGGCAUCGUGUUCAACAAAACAGGCUCUGGUUUAAAGCAGAGCAAAUUGUGGGUAAAUUUAGACGAUACGGUCAUUAUAUUUCAUAACACGUACUUUUUGUGAAAUUAUAGUUUGCCGGUGUGCCGUGUAGUUUUUUUUUUCUAAUGUAAAAUAUCUGCCGUGGCUCUGAAAAGCAAGAGUGUGCAAGAGAACGGUUUUAAGUCAGCAGACCCUGAACAUAUUUAAAAUUGCAAAUUACUUUGCUUUUCCACUUUUUACUAACCAAAAAAAAAACCCAACAGAAUUCUCAUCCUUUUUUGCAUCAGUCACAUUUGAGCACUAGAUACUGUAAAAAAAAUUUAAAAAAAAAAAGUUUUAUACUACAUUUUAUUCCCACAAAAUAAAAAAACAAAAAACUGUGGUUUAUGGUAUUGCAAUAGCUUAAAUAUACUUUAAAAAGAAGCAAACCUAAAGAAAAGUAAUUAGAAAAAAGGUCAUGAAUCAGAAAAGACCUUAUCUGAAUUUUUAUUUUUAACUUUUCUGAUUGAAACUAACAUGUAGCUAAUUACUGUGUGCAGCUGCCGUACGGUGACUACUGUGGCUUAAAAGGAGACCAAAAAAACGCCUUGGUGUAUGGUUUUGGUGAGGAAAAGCAUUUACACUUUUAGAAGAAAUAUUUUUUUUUACUACAUUUUCUUUGGAAAUUCUAUAAAUAUUUGAGUAGCCGUUGGCUUCGUGGGAGGCACUUUUGGUCGACGGGGCGACCUGCUCUGUUUGCGUAGAUUUAGAUUUGCCUCCACUUUAUCACAAGUACAAGAUAAAAUAGUUUUCGGUAGCUGUAAAAAAAAAAAAACACAGUUUUCAAACCAACCAUUCAGCCUGACGUUCUUUGGUCCAUGAAAAUGAAAUUUUUGACAGAGGCUGCUGGCCUUAUAAAAUUUGAGCACGGACCACAAGUGGUCUCUGUGCCAUAUUUUGGACAUACCAGAUGUAAAGGGAGGUGUAUGUGGUUACAUAAUUAUGGAACUUUAAACCUUUAAAUUUAAUAAAAUUUCAAUUUCGCAUUAAUAAUUGACAAUAAAUGGCUACAUUAGAACAGCCAAUGGCCACGGAGCAGCUGUCUGUCCUCUAAGGUGGAGAGCAUACAUGUCCAAAACUCAUGACCAACCUGGGAUCCACACUGGAAACCCCGGGAUUCUAGACUCGACUCAGAGCAGUUGGAACUGACUAGAACACUACUGUCCAUAGUGGUAAAAAGUACUAAAAAUAUAUAAUAAUAAAAUAGAACUUACCUUCUGUCUACUGAAAGUUAGAAAAAGAAUUAGGGCUAAUAUCAAGAGCCUGAUGGUAGGUCAUUGUGUCAGGUUAAAAAGAACUUGCUUAACAAAUAUCUAGUUGUGUUACACAACAAUAUUAAAGAGUGAAUAUUUUCUGCAAUUUAUUCACGUUUUUUUAUUUUUCUUAUUAAUUUCUCACAAAGUCAAAAGUCAACUUUAUUGUCAUAUGGACAUUUUGUGCACCGGUCGUGCAGUAAAAAAAAAUGAAGUAUUUAUUUUAUAGCCGUUAGUCAUGAGUACUUCAGGGAUCCGAGUGAAAAAGUGCACCGUCAUGUAGCUCACAGAACAGGCACUGAACAGCAGGGGUCGCAAACUAAAUUUAACACCUUCAUGGCCGGACACUCGAAUA